UCCACUGCACUCCACUCUACUCCCCUAUAAAAUCCUACUCGAAUCUGCUUUCUGAGUUCACAAAACAUAUCUUUUCUUUAGUCUUUGAAACAUUUGAUUCAUCAAAUGGCAAAGGAAUCUUGCAGAGUGAGGAGGAUAAAGCUUGGGAGCCAAGGCUUUGAGGUUUCUGCUCAGGGACUCGGUUGCAUGGGUCUCUCCGCCUUCUACGGUGCUCCUACACCUGAGACUAACGCCGUCGCUCUCCUCCGUCACGCCAUUAACGCCGGUGUCACGUUCCUCGACACCUCUGACAUCUACGGCCCGGAGACAAACGAGCUGCUCCUGGGAAAGGCUUUGAAAGAUGGGUUGAGGGAUAAAGUGGAGUUAGCAACAAAAUUUGGGAUCACUGCUUCUGAAGAUGGAAAAUUUGGUUUCAGGGGUGAUCCAGAGUACGUGAGGUUUGCUUGUGAAGCAAGCUUAAAGCGUCUUGAUGUUACCUGUAUUGAUCUUUAUUACCAGCAUCGGAUUGAUACAACUCUUCCCAUCGAAGUCACGAUGGGAGCACUGAAGAAGCUAGUUGAAGAAGGUAAAAUAAAGUAUAUUGGUUUGUCUGAAGCUUCAGCUUCAACUAUCAGAAGAGCACAUGCUGUUCACCCGAUAACUGCGGUGCAGAUAGAAUGGUCCUUAUGGUCGAGAGACGUGGAGAAAGAUAUCAUUCCUACAUGCAGGGAACUUGGGAUUGGAAUUGUAGCUUACAGCCCUCUAGGAAGAGGCUUCUUUGCAUCCGGACCCAAGAUUGUUGAGAAUCUGGACCAAGAUGACUAUCGAAAGGGUUUACCAAGAUUUCAACAGGAGAAUCUAGACAACAACAAGAUUCUAUACGAGAAAGUCCAAGCGAUGGCGACAAAGAAAAGCUGCAGUCCUGCACAGCUAGCUCUCGCAUGGGUUCACCACCAAGGAGAUGAUGUUUGUCCCAUUCCAGGAACCUCCAAGAUCCAAAACUUGAACCAGAACAUUGGAGCUUUAUCCGUGAAGCUCACUCCUGAAGAGAUGGUUGAGCUUGAAGCCAUUGCUCAACCAGAUUCUGUGAAAGGGGAACGGUAUGACAACAACAUGAUUACUUACAAGGACUCAGAGACUCCACCACUGUCUUCUUGGAAAGCGACAUAAGAAACAUGUUUUGUUAACUUGUUUGAAAGGUUAUGCAACUUGGCCAAAAUCAUGGUCAUAUUGUGCCGUAUGAGAGUAUGUGUGUGUGACAUGUGUGUACGAGUUUGCAAUAAGAAAGAUUCAAUGCCUUAGAAAGAAUAAAAUUUGUAAUAUACUACAAAUUACUGUAAUGUUUUGUUUGCAGUGUUUACUAGUCACUUAAUUGGUAGUUCACCAAGUUAUCUUCGAGA